CCCGUCAUCCGUUUUAAAACAAACUGAAAAGAAGUCGAGGUAGAGCGGAAAGAAAAAGGAAGAAGAAGGAGAAGACGGAAUCGGUACCACAAUGACUUCGGCUCGGAGACUAACUAGGGAGAUUCAAGACAUUCGCGAUUCUGGAAUAAAGAAUUUCCGAAUCAUUCAAGUGGAUGAAUCGAAUAUUUUGAACUGGCAAGGGCUUAUUGUUCCUGACUGUCCUCCAUAUGACAAAGGAGCAUUUCGGAUUGAGAUCAUCUUCCCUGCAGAGUAUCCUUUCAAGCCACCUAAGAUAACCUUCAAGACAAAAAUCUACCACCCCAACAUUGAUGAAAAGGGCCAGGUCUGCCUGCCCAUCAUCAGUGUGGAGAACUGGAAGCCAGCCACGAAAACCUGCCAAGUGAUUCAGUGUCUGGUUGCAAUGGUGAACAUGCCUCAGCCAGAGCAUCCACUGAGGGCUGACCUGGCAGAGGAGUACACUAAAGACCGUGCGAAAUUCAUGAAGAACGCAGAGGAGUUCACAAAGAAACACAGUGAAAAGCGACCUGUGGACUGACGAUCCGCCUCUUAGACUUCCUUUUUGUUUCCUGUUCAAAGAACCCAGCCUGACUCUCUGUUCUUAUCCCCUUAUUUCACAGAGAUGGCCUGUUCUCCAAACCUGCAUUGUUUAGCACUGUCCAACCACUCUUUAAUAGAGGCUUGUGUUGCUCUUUCACUUUGCCAAAAAGAAAAGCAGGACUUUUUGGUGCACAGGCAGGCUCUGGCCUCAAAGUGUCACCUUUUGGUUGUUUUUGACUUCUUUCUACAGAUUUUUUUUUUUUUUCUUUCCUUUUUAGAAAAAAUAAAAUUUUCUGAGGUGGCAUCGUCGAAAGUGAAAUCUCUGAAAAGUGCUGUUCUGCUUACUUUAAUGCUGAAUGUGUUCUUAGAUUAAUCAUUAGCUUAUGCACACCUGUUUACAGAUUUUUAAGCAUUGUUUCAAAUCUUGACGGCAUUUAUGCUGUGGGUUAUAUUUGUCGUCUACUCCUUUCAGUCGUUUUCCCCAUAGGAUACACCGUGAUCUGUAAAAUCACCCGUGGCAGUGGCAGAAUUUAACUUUGUUGCUCAUGCAAAAUUCACACGGGAGCAAAGAAACUUCUGAAAAUGCAACAACAUUCAAGUCAUUGAAUCAUUUUUGUAUCUUUAGAAAUAUUAUUAAACUUCUUCCACCUCUGUUGGCCCCUU